AUAACAAAAAAAAAAAACGAUACUUUAUUGGCAUCAACGGCGAAUGCGGUAUAUUUUCGGGUUUUCUAAUUGAUGAGUUUGUUAGCAUUUCUCUGUUAAUUACGGUUAUUAAUGUACUCAGUUUGAUACUACCUGUAUAUAUAUAUAUAUUCUCACAUUUAGCGAAUUUUUAAAAUGUCAAGCGUUCCAACACCCGUAGAAAAUAAUAUCGAUAUCAAAACUGAUCCAAUGGAAGUUAUAAUGGACAACAACAUGGGGGACGACAUCGCUAAAAAACCAACAGUUCCAAAUGUUUCUAAUGGAAAUGUAACUGCUGGUGACAUGACGUCAAUGGACUAUUAUUUCGACUCUUAUGCUCAUUUUGGUAUACAUGAAGAAAUGCUUAAGGAUGAAGUUCGAACCCUCACUUACAGAAACUCUAUGUAUUAUAACAAACAUUUAUUCAAGGAUAAAAUCGUACUAGACAUAGGUUGCGGUACAGGAAUCUUAUCUAUGUUCGCUGCUAAAGCCGGAGCAGCUCGAGUAUUCGGUGUAGAAUGUUCGAAUAUAGUUGAAUAUGCAAAACAAAUUGUUUCCGAUAACAAUAUGGGUCACAUUGUUACAAUAAUAAAAGGAAAAGUUGAAGAAAUAGACCUACCUGAUGGCCUUACCCAUGUAGAUAUAAUUAUUUCAGAAUGGAUGGGCUAUUGUCUGUUUUAUGAAUCUAUGUUGGAUACAGUAUUAUAUGCCAGAGACAAGUGGCUGAAAGAAGAUGGUAUGCUUUUCCCUGACCGUGCAAACUUGUUCAUAACUGGUAUUGAAGACAGGCAAUACAAAGACGACAAGAUUAAUUGGUGGGAGAAUGUGUAUGGGUUCAACAUGAGUGCCAUACGCAAUGUUGCGAUAAGUGAGCCGUUGGUAGACUGUGUAGAACCAAAACAGGUAGUUACAAACUCAAGUCUAUUAAAAGAAGUUGAUUUGUAUACAGUUAAGAAAGAAGACUUGACAUUCACUGCUCCUUUCAAUCUUCAAGUACGUCGCCAAGAUUAUAUACACGCGUUUGUGACGUACUUUACAAUAGAGUUUACCAAGUGCCAUAAGCGUAUUGGUUUUUCAACUGCACCCGAAGCACCGUACACGCACUGGAAACAAACCGUUUUUUACUUAGACAACUAUUUAACAGUAAAAAGGAACGACGAAGUUUUUGGCACGUUCUCCAUGUCUCCAAAUGAACGCAACACACGAGAUCUGGACUUUGUAAUUGAUGUUGAAUUCAAAAACGAAGUCAACAACGUCUCCGAAUCUAAUAAAUAUCGUAUGCGUUAAACAUUUACACAAACAUUCACUAUUUUUUUUCUAAAUUUUUAAUUUAAGUAACAAUCAAAUAUGAUGAUAAAAAAUGUAUAUGUUUAUUGAGGAACAAAAACACAUACUUUA